AUUGCAACACUGGUUAAGGACAGAUAUGUUACCUUGUCAUUGGUGGAAAAAUUUCAGACGUCGCAGGAAAGAUUUUCUUUGUAUAAAAUCGAAUUAAUUAAAUUCCCUAUAAUAGUAACAACCAAAUCGGUGUUCUACUUUGGUAGAGCAUUGUUAUAGAAGCAAGGGAGUCUCAGCUGAUAUAUAAUAGCUGUGAAAAUUAAAAGAAAUUUUGUGAGGCAAGUGUUGAAAAUCGAUUUUUGUUUAUUUUCUCUGCGAAUUUGCCGACAGUCGAUGUUUUUCAAACUCCGCCGAGUUAGCAAAUUACACAUAAAAUUAAAAAUUUUCUUACGAAUAAACAUUUUUACGUCAGUGUGCUAACAAAAGGAGAAACUGCAAGUAGAGCUGUAUCUAGUUAUUUGCUUCAAAGGUACGCGACACUAGUAUCAAACUGGUAACGAACUAAAUCCAACAAAAUGGCACAUUCGAUGCACACAGAACGCAGCAUUCAUGAAAUGCUCAAGGACACACCACCUAUGAAUGAAAGUGCCAGCGCCAUACACAGCGGAACGGAAGGCCGACCUUUUAUGCCACCAAAUAGUCUACCACUUCAUAAUCAUUCGGCACCUGCCACACCCAUGGCACAAACCAGCCCACAAAAUGGCAUGGAUGCGGGUCUGCUACGUACGGGAGCAUCUAAAAUCGACAGCAUAAAGAAUUGGAGCAUAUCAACUUACAAAUGUACUCGCCAAAUAAUGUUAGAAAAACUGGGUAAAUCACAACGCACCGUUGAUUCAGAGUUAGAAGCUCAAAUCGAACAGUUGCGGGAGACACAGCGCAAAUAUCUUUCGAUUUUACGAUUAACGCGCGCCUUUAGUUCACAUUUUCAUCAUGUAGUUGCAACACAACAUGCGCUGGCCGAAGCAUUUGCAGAUUUAGCACAGAAAAGCCCAGAGCUGCAGGAGGAGUUCACUUGUAAUUCGGAAACACAACGAAAUCUUACGAAAAAUGGCGAAUUGCUCUUGAGUGCGCUGAAUUUCUUUAUCUCGUCGGUAAAUACAUUGUGCAAUAAAACAAUUGAUGACACAUUGCUCACGAUUAAGCAAUAUGAAACGGCAAGAGUGGAGUUCGAUGCAUAUCGCAUGGAUUUAGAGAAUACCAAACCCGAAUUGCCACAAAGUCCAAUCACUGAAGAAGCGCAAAAAAACUUUUCACAUCAUAAAGAACUUUAUGAAAAGUUGCGUGCUGAUGUGGCAGUAAAAAUGCAAUUUCUCGACGAGAACAGGAUUAAAGUGAUGCACAAACAGUUGGUGCUGCUACAUAAUGCAAUUGCGGCGUACUUUUCCGGCAAUGCUGUUGCUCUUGAGAGCACAAUAAAACAAUUUAACAUUAAAUUAAAAGCACCUAAUGCCUCGACUGGGUCCUGGCUGGAGCAGUAGUAUUUCUAAAUAACUGUCCCUUAAAGCACCCAGCGGUCAUAUGCAACUAUAAGCUAGCAUAUAAAAUAAAAUACCUUGUCGAAAAGCAAACCAAGGGAAGAAUAUUGAGUGCGAUAUACAUACAUCUUAAGCUAACUGCAUUGGAAUGAAUUUUCUAAUUAAGCAUAACUAAGAUGAUUCCAUCUAAGCAAAAACCAUCAGUAAACUAUACUGCACGAUAGAAAUAUAUGUGUAAGUAUGCAAAUUCUAUCAAUUUAUUCAUUCGGCAAUUGAUUAUGUAUUGUCGAAGUAUGUAAAUUAUAUUUUAAGUAAAUCAUUCAAAAUCGGCCUACAGAUCCAUAUACCUAAAUGAAGUUUUACAGUUUUGACCGACAAAGCAAAAAUUUAAUCGAUUUUUCUUAGCUCCAUUAAUGUUUAAAUUUUAUACUUAUGUAAGCCCACAAAAGUCUAAUGAAAAGUAAUAUGUAUAAGAAAAUUGAAAACAUAAAUGUGUAUUCUAGUCAACAAAUAUUAAAAAUAUAUACAUACAUAUAUAUUAUAAAAGAAAUAUAUACAGCUUUCUUUUUA